AAAAGCACGAAGUAGCUCUCAAUUACCUCAACCAGUUCGUCUUCCCAUAAACAGCCUCAACGACCACAAUACCACAUCACUACUCAGCUAUGUCUCACCAAGCUGCCCUCAUCCCGUCCAAGGGACAGCCCCUUGUGGUUGAGACCGUCAAAACAGUGCCACCGGGUCCAGGAGAAGUCCUCAUCUCUGUCUCGGCCAUCGCCUUGAACCCCAUCGACUACUACAUGCGGGAUGCAGGUUUCUUUGUCGCCAGCUACCCAGCCAUCGUUGGCUCCGAUAUCGCGGGCACCGUCGAGGCCGUGGGCUCUGACAUUCCAUCCUCAUCUCCUUUCAAGAAAGGCGCUCGCGUCCUCGCCUUUGGCAAUACCUUUUACAAGCAAGGCCAGCCAGACGCCAACAACUACGGCGCCUUCCAGCAGAAAGUCGUGGUUCCUAUCGAAUCCGUCGCGGUCAUUCCUGACAGUCUCGGCUUCGUCGACGCCGCAACGCUGCCCAUGAGCGUUGGAACCGCUUUGACCGGCUGGAUGAACAUUGGCCUUCCAGUAUCCACGCGUGUUGACAGCAAGCAAGCCGUCCUCGUCUGGGGAGCAGGAAGCAGCAUCGGUGCCGGCGCUAUUCAGACCGCCAAGGCAAUGGGUUUCACCGUCUAUGGCACCGCAAGCCCCAAGAACUUUGAAAACCUGAAAGCCCUUGGCGCCAAUAAACUCUUCGAUUACAAAGACCCAGAGGUCGUCUCGAAUGUCAUUGAAGCUGCCAAAGCCGACGCUGUGUCCUUGAAGCACGUAUACCGAGCGGCCGGCGACAUAGGCGGCUCUGACCUCCCGCCUGUUCAGGAAAUUCUUAAGGCCUCUGGCGGUGGCGCCAUCGCGUCUGCUGUGAUCUUGCCGGAAUACACACCACAGGUCGAAGGCGUGGAAACGAAGUUCGUCCAGGGAUCGGCUGAUCCUGAGGAGCGAAAGAAGUUUUUGGCUCGGGCAUUCCACGAUUUCCUGGCUCCUAGGCUGGCGAAGGGCGAGUACAUUCCCGCUCCGAAGGCGAAGGUUGUAGGAUCUGGCUUGGAGAGUUUGAACAAGGGUCUUGAUGAGCUCAGGGGUGGUGUUAGCAAUGUCAAGAUCGUUAUUGAGCUCUGAUCGCGAGGUCGAGUUGGGGUCCAACGGAAAAGAGUCGCUCGUUACAGUGAUUAGUUAGUGUAUUGAUUGCGGACGACGCAAUGGUAACAAGGGAAAUGGACU